AUGCUCACAGGCAAGCCAACUGCCCAGAAGCCAUCCAGUGACCUGCUGGAUGCCAGCGUGGUCUCUGUCACCUCUCGCUACAUUGAGGAGCAGCAGGCCACACAGCAGCUGAUCAUGGACCAACAGGAUCAACAGCUGGAAUUGGUGUCUGGGAGCAUCCGGGUCCUGAAACACAUGUCCGGCCGCGUUGGGGAGGAGCUGGAUGAGCAGGGCAUCAUGCUGGACACCUUUGCUCAUGAGAUGGACCUCACCCAGUCCCGGAUGGAUGGGGUCCUCAGGAAGAUGGCCAAAGUGUCCCAUAUGACAAGUGACCGCCGACAGUGGUGUGCAAUUGUGGUGCUGUUGGGGGUGCUUCUCCUGGUUCUCAUCCUGCUCUUCUCUCUCUGA